CUGCUGACUUCCGGAAACAACUUCGGAGCAGAACAGAUUUGUCAUCAAUAUCGGACCAAGAAUAUUGUUAAUUAUACAGGAGAAACGGCGUAAAUAAGUGAAACAGGCAAAAUGCCGGUGUUUCACACAAAGACAAUUGAAAGCAUUCUUGAACCAGUUGCACAACAGGUUUCAAGACUGGUUAUUCUUCAUGAGGAAGCAGAAGAUGGGAAUGCCAUGCCAGACCUCGGUCAGCCUGUUAUGACAGUCAAGACUGCAGUAGAAAAUCUAGUUCGAGUUGGUUAUGAUACAUGUAAUAGCAGUGAUGACCAGAUUCUCAAACAAGACAUGCCACCGUGCCUCAACCGUGUGGAUGAAGCCUCACUGUUCCUACUUCAAGCUUCAGACAUGCUAAGAUCAGACCCUUUCUCUGCUGCAGCCAGGAAAAAGCUGAUUGAAGGAUCAAGAGGUAUUUUACAAGGUACUUCUCAGCUCCUAUUUUGUUUUGAUGAAUCUGAAGUAAGGAAGAUAAUUCGUACCUGUAAAGGUGUACUAGAAUACUUGGCUAUUACAGAGGUUGUGGAUAGUAUGGAGGACUUAGUAACAUUUGUUAAGAAUUUAAGUCCAGUGUUAACUAACAUGACAAAGCUUGUGGAUGGUAGAGAAAAGGAACUAACACAUCAAGUCCAUCGUAUGAUGUUAAUCCGUUCGUUAGAUGAAGUCAAGAAUCUAACACCAGUCCUAAUUAGUGCUGUCAAGAUGUUUAUUACUGCCAAACACACAAAUGCUGGUGCCCCAGAAGCUCAGUCCAACAGAGAUUACAUUGUACGUAAGAUGUCUGACGAGGUACAGGAGAUUAUCCGUGUCCUACAGCUGACAACGUAUGAUGAAGAUGAAUGGGAUGCUGAUGAUGUCACUGUCAUGAAAAAAUCAGUGAAUGCAAUAGAACAAAAGAUGAAGCCUGCAUUUGAUUGGUUAGCUGAUCCAGCAGCUUUAGUUGGUAGUUCAGGUGACAAAGCUCUGAGUCAGAUUUUAGAAGAUGCUCGUAAAGUUGCAGAGAGAUGUACAGACCCUGCUGAUAGGGAUCGAAUUCUUAAAACUGUAGGAGACAUUGAUUCUAUGAAAAAUGCCUUGUCAGAACUCAGAGUUCAAGGAAAGGGAAGUAGUCCUCAAGCCAUGUCCCUUGCCAGAGAAAUACAGAACAAAUUGAAGGAUCUUCAGAAUCUAACACAAGCAGGAACCAUGAAAACAGAAAGGUCUGGCAUUCGUAAACCUGCACCAACAGUAGAAGGCAAGGUAGAACAGGCAAGGCAAUGGUUGGCAAAUCCUGCCUUGGAUGAUAGAGGUCUAGGUGAACAAGCAACUAAACUAGUUGUAGCUGAAGGUCGCAAGGUUGCUGACUCCUGUACUGGGCCCCAGAGAUCUGAGUUAUUGAGACUUUGUGAUGAGACAGAGAUACUGACUAAUCAGCUAUCAGAUUUAAUCAGAAGAGGACAGGGUGACUCUCCUCAAGCUAAAGCCAUAGCUAGACAACUUACUGAGAAACUUCACAACCUACAGGCUAAAAUACAGGAGGCACUUGUUAAUCAGGUUGCAGAAGACUUUAUAGAUAUAACAGGACCACUCAAACAACUUCAUGAUGCUUCUCUGACACCACUAGGUGUUCCAGGAAGGGAGGAGAAAUUUGAUGAUAGAGCCAGGAACUUUGAAUCUCAUGCUUCUAAAUUGGCUGACACUGCCAACAUGGUUGCCACAGCUGGUGGCUGUAAUAACAAGCAUACAGUCCAGGAAAUCUUCAAAACUUCUAAUCAGGUUAAUGAUCUGACACCACAAGUAAUUACUGCAGCCAGAGUACUAUUUGCUAAUCCUAACAAUCAGGCUGCUAUAGAACAUUUUGAUCAGAUGAAGAAUCGCUGGGCUGGUAACGUUGAGAGACUCAGAGCACUUGUUGAUGAAGCUGUGGAUACUCCUGCACUCAUUAAGGCUGAAGAGGAAGGUAUUUUAAGAGACACUGAUCGGGUUGAAGAAGGUAUUCGAGGAAAAGAUCCACCAAAGAUUGUGGCAAAUGCUUCAAACAUUGCCCGACGAGCCUACAGAGUAUUACAAGUAGGAGAAAAGGAAGUAGAAAAUAGUGAAGAUCCUGCCUACAUUGACAGGGUCAGAGACUCUGCAAAUACACUCAGAGAUACCAUAACACCAAUGGUACAACAUGCCAAGAACUUGUCCAUGAACCCUGGGGAUAGUAAUGCUGCCACAAACUGGAGGAAAGCUAACCAAGCUUUGAUAAAUGGUGUUGCCGGUGUCAGGGAUGCAGUGACUGUGAGUAGGGGAGAAGAUAUGUUCCCUCCCCCACCCCCUCCAGAUAUGUCUCAACUCAAUAUCAAUGACUUGCAAGAAUUUGGUGACAUAUGGAACGGCCAGAAACCAGUACAAGCUUCAGCAGUGCCUAGCACAGCAUAUAGUCCAAAACCCCCACCAGUAGCCCCUAAAUCACCGAGGGUGAUAGCUAGAGUUCCAGAUCAGUUUGCCGAUAGCCAUUACACCAUGGUUCCUCCAGAAGCUACAAUGAGGCAAGAGAAGGGAUAUCAGGGGCAACAUGCUGCCCCUCCUGUCCCCCCACCACCAGUUCCCCCACCCCCAAGGGAUCCAUAUUAUGGCUAUUAUGAUGAUGGGGAUAUACCACCUCGUCCACCACUGCCUCAUGAGACUGCCCCUGCCAGACCCCCACCUCCUGAUACAGAUGAUGAAGAAGAUUUCCCUGUCCCACAGGCUAAUCAACCCAUCAUGAUGGCAGCACAUGCCCUCCAUAUGGAGACAAAGCAGUGGUCAAGUAAAGAUAAUGAGAUAAUAGCUGCAGCCAAAAGAAUGGCUCUCCUUAUGGCCAAACUUAGUCAGUUGGUCAGAGGUGAAGGUGGUUCUAAGAAGGAUUUGAUUGCCACAGCUAAGAAUAUAGCCGAGUCAUCAACAGAGGUGGCCAAACUGGCACAGAAGUUAGCCGCUGAGUGUACAGAUAAAAGGAUGAGACUGAACUUAUUGCAAGUUUGUGAGAGAAUUCCUACAAUUGGUACCCAGCUAAAGAUUUUAUCAACAGUGAAGGCAACCAUGUUGGGAGCACAAGGUUCUGAAGAGGAUCAAGAAGCCACUGAAAUGUUGGUUGGUAAUGCCCAAAAUCUGAUGCAAGCUGUGAAGGAAACAGUUCGUGCUGCUGAAGCUGCCUCCAUCAAGAUCCGUGUAGACUCUGGGUACCAGAUUCGUUGGCAUCGUAGAAGACCAUGGUACACCACCACUUCUUAAGAAAACCAAUGCUAGGAUUUUUAAAUUGAUAGACAAUACAAAUGAAGAUCAGAUAUAUUUACAAUCAUUUUUAUCGUAUUCUUAGAAGAACUAUUAAAGAUACUGUUUUAGAUAUGUUAACAGAAAAAAGAUGGGGUUUUUUUGUAAAGCAUUUUUGUUAUAUUUGUAGUAAUGAAAAAAUUUGAUAAAUGUAAUCAUGGAAUAAUACAUCUAAUUUGAUGUAAAAUUAGUGCUUUUUUUAGAUAUAGCAAAAUAUGCACACCUAGUGACUGCUGAUAUUUUUUCCACAUUUUUUAGAUGUGUAAAUGUUUUGCAUGGUACAUAUACUGUAUAUUUGUUCACACUUUUCAUUCAUUAUUUUAAUAUAACACAUGUAUGUGGGUUUAUUGUCAGCAUUAAUUUACAGCUAUCUGUUGGAAUUUCUUUAUGAAAUAUUAACUUUAACACCAAAUGUUCAUUUAAAUAUUGCUUAUUGAAUAACUACAAUAUGUUGAGUAACGUGACUAUGAGCCUGGUACCAUGUUUUAAUAUUGCUUAUUGUAUAACUGCAAUAUGUUGGGUAACGUGACUUUGAGUCUAUUAACAUGAGGCUAAACUUUGUUUUCAAUCGUGUGAACAAAUAGGUUUUUACCAAAUUGAUCUACACCCUAAAGUUGUUUUCAGUUGUUGAACUAGAUUUCUGAAGAAAAAAUUUGAUAUAAUUAUCAUUCCUUUUUAUAAGACAAAGUACUUAAACUAUUUUUCAAAUAGUGCCUGUGAAGUAAAAACAAGAUAAGUGAAUUAAUUCUCUUGAUAGAGCAAUUUACAAUCGUUCAUAUUAAUUACCAAUUUGUUUUAAAUGUCAGUCCACCUGUGAAAUAGCUUCAUUUUGAUAUUUGAACACGCUUUAUUUUGGAAAGUUUGGUAUGUUUAUUUAAUAGUAUAUAAAGUUUUUAGUUCAUUUAAACAUGUGAAAAUAAAUGGUGCUAUGUAUAUAGAAUAUGCAAAUAAAUAUGUAGUUUUACAUAGAUUUCUAUCAAUAUCAAAUUUGAUGCAUUUUAUACAUUAAUGAGAAUGAAUGAUGAUACAUGUCUGUAAAAUGAUUAUGAUAAAAUCAGCCAUUUUGUGUAAAUUCUUACAGAAAUCUUUGUAUGUCAUGAAUUACUUUAAAUUUAAGUUACAAGUAUGGUAUUUGUUUUAAGGUGAUACAAAUCCUAACAGCUUUUGAAAAUUAAUGUCUAUUCUAUCUGAAAUGGCUAAUUUAUUAGAAAUACAUAAAAACUUUUCCUCUUCUUAAGGUUUGGAUAUUUAAAAAAAAGUCUUAAUCUGCAUUGAUAAUGUAAGGUUGGAUGUAUGAGUUGUAUUACUGAGAUAAAUUGUACAUUUUGAGACAAAGCAUGUUGAGAUGUUAUUAUUUUUAGUUUUAUUUAAUAUAUUGCUUGUUUGGUUUUAUUAUUAAUUAGGAUUUGUUUUUGAUUUAAUAUAUCUUGAUAGGAUUUUUUUUACUAUAUAAAAGAUAUUAUGAACUUUCUUUUUUUGCUAAAUAAUUGAAAUAAUGAACUGUCAUGGUAUCAAGAAUCUGACUGCAGAAUAGAAGAUUGUUUUUUUUUUGUGUUCAGAAAAUUCUUUUCUAAGCAAUAUCAAUUAAAAAACUUGAUUCCUGCAUAACUUUGUACUUAAAUUUGAAAAUAACUCAAGUUCUCUUUUAGGUUUUAUUCAUAUAAUGUGUUGACCAUCAAAAGACGAUUUAAAGAAAAGAUUUAAAAAAUUAAUGGAAAUAAUAGUAGAUUGAAUAAAAGAAUGCAUUUUUAAAUGAUAUUUCAAAUACAAUAGCGUGUGUGGCAGUAAUAAUAAAAAUAUGUUUCAAUAAUAAUGGGGAUACCCCCUGGAUGUGCCUUUUUUAAUUGUGUUUACCUCUUCUGAUCCAUUUGAUAUUAUUGCAGACUUGAGGAAAGAAAUAGUUUUCAUUUAAGAAGUUUUUUAUGUGUUGAUAAAGCUAGAAUAUAUACAUCAUAAUGAAGAAAAAUAUUCUCAUAUAGUCAGUUGUUUGUUUGGGUAUUAAAAAUCUUUGAUAAAGAACGUAAUUCUCAGUUUAAAAAAAAGUGUUCAUUUGUAAAUUUAUGAGUUGUUUUAGAUAUAGUUUGACCUACUGUUUCACAAAAGCAAAUUUAGUGGCACAAUUUAAUUUUGAAAUACAUAUAGAGUGUUUUGGAAUAUAUUUAAAUAUCAUAUAUUAAGCAUAUGUAGAUGCUAUUACCACCUGAUGUUGUUUACCUUACCAAACCAAAAAGAAAUUCUCCUUUCAUGUUACAUUUGAUAUGUGUUAUCCUCCUUUCAAUAUUUUUUUUAAUUUGUUGGUUUUUUAAAGUUUAAAAAAACCCACACAACUUAAUUUUGUCUAAAUUGUCAAUCAUAAAUUUUACACUAGCAACGACUUGCAAUACCAUAGAUAGUCUUUCAUAUUUACCCAGUUGUUAGUUUAUAUAUAGCUAUUGGCUUAUUUGUACAAGAUAUACAACUUUACAACCAAUAAACAUUUUAUAGAAAUAGAA